AUGACCACCCAAUUCGCCCUCUCCCCACAGCACGUCACGAGCAGCCUGGGUGCGGCAACCGAACCCCCCGUCUCCGCCGAAUCCGUCACUCGGGCGAACCGCCUGCUCCAACUCAACCAUGACAAGUGGCACAUCUUCUUCCGCGAUGUGACUGGCCACAACCACAUGGCCCACAGCAUCCUCACCGCUUUGGCUCUGGGCGCCUCCUCCUCCGAGCUGGAACGCGCCUACGCGGACACGGAGGCCAUCCAGCGCCCCAUCCCCGCGGUGGACUCCAAGCUCGUCGCCCAGCUGUGCGCCGAUGAUCAAGCCCUGGGGCCCCUGCUUGGCCGAUGCGACCUGUAUGCGACCUUCUUGGCCUUCUUCCAGACGCAAAUCGACACCCACGGCUGGCAAUCCGUGGUGACCAAAUACGUCUUUUCGCGCACGCCGCUCGCGGAGAAGCUCCUGAUCAAGAUGUACGAAGGGAUGUACCACUCGCUCAUUCACCUGGGGCUGGGCAUCGAGUUCGCACAGCCGGGCCUCAUCGCCGAGGCACUGGCACAGGCAGCCUCGCACGAGGACGGGCACAUUAACCGACUCCUUUUCGGGGUCGAAGCGGCGAUCACAGCAGAUGCCCCCGCUCCGCCGCAGCCAAAAUCGCUCCUUCAACUCGUCAGCGAGGUGCGCGCCCACCCGAGCAUAUGCGCGGAUCUCCGCUUCGGUGACCGCUGGAAUCGCAUGCGCGACAGCAUCAUGGGCCAUGCCGUCGUGGAGGAACUGACGCCCAUCGCCGCGCAGUUCCGCAUCACGCCCGAAACCCUCGCGCGCCGCACGGCCGAGAUGAUUAGCACCGCGGCGUACCUGGCGGGAGCCAGCCAGCGGAGCGGCCGCAAACGCAAGAUCGAUUUCUUCCUCAUGCACACAGUGACGGCCUCGCUCUUUUUCAGUGUCUUCACGGCUCAGGAGUGGAUUCCGCUGGCCGACCGGAUCCGGCUCGUUGAGUGGAAGGGUCGGCUUGACCUGGCCUUCUACGCGUUCUGUAACUGUCCCGAGCUGGAUGGGAGUGCGGUGACCGAGUACGUCGAUGACUUUACCGGAGAGAUGGAUUGGGCGGCGUUGUAUGCGGCGGUGAACAAGGAGCAUGAUGAUGGGCAUGUGGCCAAAUUCAUGCGGGCGUUGCGGCAUGGGGAGGAGGUGGUCAAGCCGUAUGAGGAGGAUGAGGUGUGGGCAGGGUAUCUCCCCGUCAAGGGAGAAAUGUGGGUGAAGUUGGCGAGGAUGGCUUUGGAGACGACGAGGCAAUCCCCCCCAGAUCUUAAGUGGAUUCUAGGCACCGGAUUCAAUGAGGCAUGGCUGAGGCCGGAUUUGCAGUAG